AUGAAUGCUAAAACUCAGUUCCCUUAUUUAUUCCGGAUGAUUCCAUCUGAAACUCCUCAAUGGGUUGGGAUUGUUCAUCUCCUGAAGCAUUUUGGAUGGAACUGGAUUGGCCUCCUCACACCAGAUGACGACAGUGGAGAAACGUUCCUUCAAAACUUGAUGCCAAAGUUGUUCUGGAGUAAUAUUUGCAUUGCUUUGAAAGAAAUGAUUCCACCAGCAAUAACUUACAUGGAAAUUAUAAAUCAUGCUAACAUCUUGGCAAGGAUAGCUCAAAAAAUCUGGUUUAGCAAACUCAACGUCAUUAUUGCCUAUGGGAAUGACCAGUCUAUGCAAGGUUUACGAAUCAUUCUAGAAAAUUGUGAAAUUCUUCUGCAGCUGCCAAUAGAGCGAGUUUGGAUCGCAACAGCUCAAUGGGAUGUCACAUAUAUUUUCUUUGGCCGUAAAUUCACACCCAAAUCCCUCAAUGGUAGUUUGUCCUUUACACUGCACACUAAUAAGGUGCCAGGAUUUCAGGAUUUCCUUGAGACCCUGAAUCCAUACCAAUCAGAGAUUUAUUUCAUUCAGCAGUUUUGGAUCUGUCGAUCUUUGUUUGAAGUUUCAGAACUGUUGAUAUCCAGUGUCCCACGCAGUACGUGUGUCGAGAGCUGCCCCACUGGGCACAGCAGGAUUGUUCAAGAGGGGAAGCAAGUGUGCUGCUACGAUUGUGCUCACUGCCCAGAAGGGAAAAUUGCACUCCAGAUUGAUGCAGACCAAUGUGAGAAAUGCCCAGAAGACGAAUAUCCAAACCAGGAGAGGGAUCAGUGCAUUCCCAAACUCACAACCUACUUAUCCUACGAGGACCCCAUGGGAGCAGGCUUGGCUUCUGUCGCUGCUUCAUGUUUUGUGGCCACAGUUAUAGUGAUGGGGAUCUUUGCCACACACUGGAAUACACCGAUCGUCAAAGCCAACAAUCAAAGCAUCACUUGUGUCCUACUCUCCUCUCUGCUGCUCGGCUUUCUGUGUUCCUUCCUAUUCAUCGGCCAUCCUGGGACAGUGAACUGCCUUCUCCGGCAAACCCUGUUUGGCAUCAUCUUCUCCAUUGCCGUGUCUUGCAUAUUGGCCAAAACCAUCACUGUGGUGGUUGCCUUCGUGGCCACCAAGCCAGGGAACAGGAUGAGGAAGUGGGUGGGGAAGAGACUGGCCAUGUCCGUCAUCAUUCCCUGUUGUUUAAUUCAAACUGGCAUCUGUGCAUUGUGGUUGGCAUCUUCGCCCCCCUUCCCAGAGUUUGACAUGCACUCCCAAGUGGGUCAUAUUAUCAUUCAAUGCAAUGAAGGUUCGGACAUCAUGUUCUACAUAGUCCUGGGCUACAUGGGUCUUCUGGCCACCAUCAGUUUCACGGUGGCCUUCCUAGCACGGACUUUACCUGAUUCUUUCAAUGAAGCCAAGCUGAUCACCUUCAGCAUGCUGGUCUUCUGCAGUGUUUGGAUCUCCUUUGUCCCCACCUAUCUGAGCACCAAAGGGAAAGACAUGGUGGCCGUGGAGAUCUUCUCCAUCUUGACCUCUAGUGGAAGCUUAUUAGCUUGUAUAUUCUUCCCCAAAUGCUACAUUAUUAUUUUCAGAUCUCAACUGAAUGCCAGGGAGCAGCUAGGAAGGAAAAAAUAA